AUGUGGGGCUGCACGCGGCUUGCGCUGCUUUGCGCGCUGCCCUGGCUUCUGCCGGCUGCGGCUCCCGGGCUCCCCGCGCAACCCCUCGCUCCGCGCCGCGACCCCCGCGACCCCGCCAGGGGCGCUGACUUCGGUCGCGUCUACAACGGGGUGGUGAGCCUCAGCACCGAGAACAUCUACUCCUUCAACUACACCAGCGAGCCCGGCCAGGUGAACGCCGUGAGGGUGUAUGUGAACAGCUCCUCUGAGAACCUCGACUACCCAGUCCUGGUCGUGGUUCGUCAGCAGAAAGAGGUGCUGUCCUGGCAGGUUCCUCUGCUCUUCCAGGGACUAUACCAGAGAAGCUACAACUACCAGGAAGUGAGCCGCACCUUAUGCCCCUCAGAAGCAACCAAUGAAACAGGGCCUCUGGAACAACUGAUAUUUGUAGAUGUUGCAUCCAUGGCGCCCCUGGGUGCCCAGUACACACUGCUGGUUACCAAGAUCAAGCACUUCCAGCUGCAGACAAAUGUUGCCUUUCAUUUCACUGCCAGCCCCUCUCAACCUCAGUAUUUUCUAUACAAAUUUCCUGAAGAUGUGGACUCAGUUAUCAUUAAAGUCGUGUCUGAAAUGGCUUAUCCAUGUUCUGUCGUCUCAGUCCAGAAUAUCAUGUGCCCGGUGUAUGAUCUCGACCACAAUGUGGAAUUUAAUGGUGUCUAUCAGUCCAUGACCAAGAAAGCUGCCAUCACCCUACAGAAGAAGGAUUUUCCAGGUGAGCAGUUCUUUGUGGUGUUUGUGAUAAAGCCUGAAGAUUAUGCCUGUGGAGGAUCUUUCUUCAUCCAGGAAAAGAAGAACCAUACCUGGAAUCUACAACGUGCAAAGAACCUUAAAGUUACCAUUGUUCCUUCCAUUAAAGGAUCCGUUUACAUGAAAUCCAUCCUUCUCAGUCUCCUCAUCUUCUUCUCUUUCUACUUGGGAUACCUGUUUGUUGUGGGUUUUCAUUAUAUCAGGUCUCACAGAAAAUCCAUUGAUGGAAGCUUUGGUUCCAAUGACGGCUCUGGAAAUAUGUCGGUGUCACAUCCCAUUGCUGCCAGCACCCCUGAAGGGAGCAAUUAUGGGGCAAUAGAUGAGUCAGGCUGCAGUCCUGGCAGGCAGAUGUCCCCCUCCGACGGCGGACAGCCAUGCCAGUCAGACACGGACAGCUCCGUGGAGGAGAGUGACUUCGACACCAUGCCGGACAUCGAAAGCGAUAAGAACAUCAUCCGGACCAAGAUGUUCCUUUACGUGUCAGAUCUGGCCAGGAAGGAUCGGAGAAUUGUCAGCAAAAAAUAUAAGAUCUAUUUUUGGAACAUCAUUACCAUUGCUGUGUUUUACGCACUGCCUGUGAUCCAGCUGGUCAUCACCUACCAGACAGUUGUCAAUGUCACUGGCAACCAGGACAUCUGCUACUACAACUUCCUCUGUGCUCACCCCUUGGGCGUCCUGAGUGCCUUCAACAACAUUCUCAGUAACCUGGGCCACCUGCUCCUGGGCUGCCUCUUCCUGCUGAUAGUCUUGCGCCGGGACAUUCUCCAUCGAAGAGCCCUGGAAGCCAAGGACAUCUUUGCCAUGGAGUAUGGGAUCCCCAAAUACUUCGGUCUCUUCUACGCCAUGGGCAUCGCACUGAUGAUGGAAGGGGUGCUCAGUGCUUGCUACCACGUUUGCCCUAAUUACUCCAACUUCCAAUUCGACACCUCUUUCAUGUACAUGAUCGCCGGCCUCUGCAUGCUGAAGCUCUACCAGACCCGCCACCCGGACAUCAGCGCCAGCGCCUACGCCGCCUACGCCUCCUUCGCUCUGGUCAUCAUGCUCACCGUCCUCGGAGUGGUGUUUGGGAAAAAUGACGUGUGGUUCUGGGUCAUCUUCUCUGCAAUCCACAUUCUGGCUUCUCUGGCCCUCAGCACCCAGAUCUACUACAUGGGUCGUUUCAAGAUAGAUGUGUCUGACACAGAUCUGGGCAUUUUCCGGCGGGCCGCUAUGGUGCUCUACACGGACUGCAUCCAGCAGUGCAGCCGGCCUCUGUACACGGACAGAAUGGCAUUGCUCAUCGUGGGGAAUCUGGUUAACUGGUCCUUAGCCCUCUUUGGACUGAUCUAUCGACCCAUGGACUUUGCUUCCCACGUGCUGUGCAUACUCAUCUUUAACCUGCUGCUUUACCUGGCCUUUUACAUCAUCAUGAAGCUUCGAAGCUCCGAGAGGAUCCUCCUGACCCCGCUCUUCUGCAUCGUCGCCACCGCUGUGGUGUGGGCUGCCGCCCUGUAUUUUUUCUUUCAGAAUCUCAGCAGCUGGGAGGGAACGCCAGCCGAAUCCCGGGAGAAGAAUCAAGAGUGUAUCCUGCUGGAUUUCUUUGAUGGCCAUGACAUCUGGCACUUCCUCUCUGCUACUGCCCUGUUCUUCUCAUUCUUGGUUUUGUUAACCCUGGAUGACGACCUGGAUGUGGUUCAGAGAGACCAGAUCCCUGUCUUUUAAGCCUCCAGCAUGAAGAGUAGGGAAAGGGAGCAACCAUUCUCGGUGCUGUUUCAUGAAAAAUACAAGGACUGCAGCAAAGACGGUGUUGAAAUGCUCGGUGUCCCACUUCACUCUGACAGCUCUGCCCUCAGGAAGUCCCAUUUUGACCAGACUCCAGUGUUACCUGGGAUAUGAUGUCAUCAGAAACUUUACAUGCAAAUGUGCACACACAGAUACCUUUGCCUGUGAAAAUGAAGUCUCCUCUGCUUUCUUGAUCCUUUGUUAGAGAAAUGGGUCAGCUAUUGUUUUUUAAAUAUAUAUAUAUAAUUCUUUCUCUGAAAUCCUGUUCAAAAACAUUUUGGAAGUUUGGCAAAUUUUCCCUGAUUUUAAGAACACAAAGAUGCUUUCAGUGAAACAUUGUGAUUUUUUUCUAAAAUGCCCCCAAAUUCAUAAUUGGUCUUCUGUUAUUCUUUAUUCCUUAAAAACUGUUUGCUUCCUAGGCCAUCUGAAGGCCACCUAUUACAUGGUUGUAUUAAUCUAACAUUUAAAACAAAUUGCAAACCUGUUUAACUUGGCUGAUUUGACCUAAUUAUUUUAUUUUUAAUGCACUAAAAGUUUUCAAAUCCAAAAAAAGACAGGAUUUUUGUGAAUGACAAAAUCUGUGAAGGGAUUUUGUGAACGAUAAAAUCUGUUCAAGCAGCCCUGUGGCCUGAAGUGAAUAAAUUGGAGGACACAUUACCUGUUUCGUCGCUUGCCUGGGAAACAUGUCUGUGGAAAUGGGGAGGGAACCCCAUAGAAAUGGAUGGAUUGUGCUGCUGUAUUCUUGACUGUUUUCUGACAACGUCUGUCUUGUGCUAUAAACUCACACGCUGUGGUCAGUUUUAUUCUCUGCAGCAGGACUAAAAACCCA